ACCUAAGGACCAGGAUGUAAAACACAAGUUACUGGUUCCUGUGACUUGUUCUGUGUAUAUGCAGUUCAAGUGGUGGCUAAUACGAAGCUCUAGCAUACCCAGGUGCUCGGGCUUUCUUGUUGAAUUGCAGACUUUCUCGAUCAAUUAAUUGAAAAUCGGGGUUUGGACUAUGGAACCAUUUCAGCGUUUUCAGGAUGGACCACAGCAGUCGUCCUCAAAUUCGGGUUAUUCGGACCCAAAUUUCUGUGACACGAGAAGUGGAGCUUUCACUCGACCACCUUUGCCACAGCCAUCAUACGACUCCCCAGGUGCAUUUCAAAGUACAUCUGCUGUUCCUGGUGGGUUUUGGUCUGGUCCGAGUAUUUACCAACAGCAAACUCCUGUCAACAGUCAGUUGUUGAAUUAUGUUCAAACAGAAUGGCCACCGACUCCGCCUGCUAUUGGUCAUGGCAGGGAUGGGUACGGAGCCCCAUUACCUCAACAUAGCUUUAACAGGGGACAUCAGAACAUGGUCCCGGAUUUUGACCCAACGAGACCACCUCCCCCUCUCUACGAGCCACAACCCUUGCCGUUCCCCGGCAGGUUUGAUGACCGAAAGGGUCCUGUCACAGAUUCUUCCUGCAGACCUCCCUUGGACUACUUGCAGCGCAACGUGUCUGUUCAACAGUGGCAGCAGGCUUCUGAUGUGAGACCACAUAGUCAAUUGGGAGCUCCGCAUUUUAAUAGGCAUUUGGAAGAACAUCAGGCUUACCCGAACUGUGGACCACCGAUUCAGACAGGAUUCCAGAAUGUAGGCAGUAACGAGUUGCAUUAUCAACGACAAAAUAAUCAAUCGCAAGGCAAUCGCAGCUCGACUGAUCACCAGACGCACAACGAUCGCUGGCACCAACAGGCUUAUCAAUGCAGCGGUAAUUCAAAGGAAAUCCAACCUUCUUUUUCAGAUGCAGAGGCAAAAGAGAAAUUGGCGGACAAACAGUGGCUCGUAAAUUUUUUAUUGAAAAGAAAAACAACUAAAUCUUCUACCUCAAAACAAAUGCGUAAUAAGCCAUCCAUUGGUGAAGUGAGGGAAACUCUUUACAGCGCCGCUCGAUUAGUAUCAGAGUUAUCCGCUGCAUGUGAGAAACUGAAAGAGAAUGUAGAGAAUGAAAAUGUUUGGACAGAAUCGUAUCCCAAGGCAGUUGCCAUGAAAACCGCACUACUGCAGAAAUUGAUCCUGUUUAGUGAUCCUGUUUAUAUAGAAACCGUCAAGAAUAAAUUGGCUCACAUAAGUAAGAAAAGACUCAGAAAUCGGAGAAAGAAACGCGAGCGAGUUGAAGAUCAAAAAGAAGAGGACGCAAGAGCUGCUGAAAGGGAGGCUGCCAUUGACAAGUGGCGAAUGAAACGCAUCCAAAAAGUUGAAGAGAAGAAAAGGGAACUGGAGCUGAAAAUGGCUGCAGAUAGUGUACUUUCUGAGGUGAGAAAAAAACAGGCCGAUGCCAAGAGAAUGCUGGACAUUCUUCGCUCCUUGGAGAAACUACGAAAGCUGAGGAAGGAGGCAGCAGGCCGAAAAGGAGUCUUCCCGGAGACGGAGGCGGACGAGGUGUUUGAGGGCCACGUGGAGCGGCUCAGGAAGCUGAUACAGAAGCGCAACGUGGUCUACGCUGCCGAGGAGAAGGCCCUCAGGGUCAUGUUGGAGGGGGAACAGGAGGAGGAGCGCAAAAAAGAGCAGGAGAGACGGCAGAAGAAGGAUAGGGAGAAGUUCCUACAGAAGAAAUGGGAGGCAGAGACCAUGCUCUUUGGAGAGGAAAUGCACCCGGAUCACCCUCUCCAGCCCUUCAGACAGUGCUACACACAGGCAGAGCAUUCCUUACACGCCCUGAUUCAGAUCAGGAGAGAUUGGGAUGCCUACCUGGUGCCCAUAGAUCACCCCGAUGGCAGCGUCGUCCCUCAGGGCUGGGUUCUUCCUGAGCCCCCCUCAGACGAGACGUGGGCCUCUGCCCUGGAAAAGUAGCGAUCCCUCGUGUAUGGGCGGCUGGACACACCCAGACACAUUCACGCACCGUUACACACACGGCCUGUAGGGCGGCUCUAAAUGUGUUCUAUGGAACUAAACAAAAGAUUUGCCAACCAAAUACUGUGAGAACUUUGAGGGUUGUGGUUAAAUUGUAUAAAAUGCCUUUUUGGUGGAGCAGUAUUCUGGAUUGAGGGCAUGGGUCAGUUGGGCAGUGUCCCACAGUAGAGUCAGUGCCAGGAAAGCACAUCGCUGAGAGAGACUUGUUUUUCUCCACGGAUACGGAUCUGUUUCAUCAAGUUUUCAUUACACAAACAAUGAGGCUGAUUUCCCUCAAUUAUGAUUUCAUGAAUAAAAUAUUUUUUGAAUAAAUAUCUGUGAUUCCACUCUGUUUUGUAAUGAAUGUAAUGGCAAUUAGAAACCAGCUUCAAACAUGGGGCUGUCUUGUU